AUGGUCCGCAAGCUGGACGACGCCGAGCGGGCGAACGAGGGUCUCCGCCAGUACUACAUCACCAAGAACGAGGAGCUUCAGUUGAUUGUGAAUGAGAAGACGCAGAAUCUUCGCCGUCUCCAGGCGCAGCGAAAUGAGCUGAACGCCAAGGUGCGAAUGCUUCGCGAGGAGCUGCAGCUGCUGCAGGAGCAAGGCUCCUACGUCGGCGAGGUGGUGAAGCCGAUGGACAAGAAGAAGGUCCUCGUGAAGGUCCAUCCGGAGGGCAAGUUUGUCGUCGAUCUCGACAAGAACAUCGACAUCAACGAUGUGACGCCGAACUGUCGCGUCGCCCUGCGCAACGACUCCUACACGCUGCACAAGAUUCUCCCCAACAAGGUCGAUCCGCUGGUCUCGCUGAUGAUGGUGGAGAAGGUGCCCGACUCCACCUACGAGAUGGUCGGCGGUCUCGACAAGCAGAUCAAGGAGAUCAAGGAGGUGAUUGAGCUGCCCGUCAAGCACCCGGAGCUUUUUGAGGCGCUCGGCAUUGCCCAGCCAAAGGGUGUCCUCCUCUACGGCCCUCCCGGCACCGGUAAGACGCUGCUGGCUCGAGCCGUCGCCCACCACACCGACUGCACCUUCAUUCGCGUCUCCGGCUCGGAGCUGGUGCAGAAGUUCAUCGGCGAGGGCUCUCGCAUGGUGCGCGAGCUGUUCGUGAUGGCGCGCGAGCACGCCCCGUCCAUUAUCUUCAUGGACGAGAUCGACUCGAUUGGCUCCUCCCGAAUCGAGUCCGGCUCCGGGGGCGACUCUGAGGUGCAGCGCACCAUGCUGGAGCUGCUCAACCAGCUGGACGGCUUCGAGGCGACGAAGAACAUCAAGGUGAUCAUGGCCACCAACCGCAUUGACAUUCUCGACCCGGCGCUCCUUCGCCCAGGUCGCAUUGACCGCAAGAUUGAGUUCCCCCCACCGAACGAGGACGCCCGUCUGGACAUUCUGAAGAUUCACUCGCGCAAGAUGAACCUGACGCGCGGCAUCAACCUGCGGAAGAUCGCCGAGGUGAUGCCCGGCGCCAGUGGCGCCGAGGUGAAGGGCGUCUGCACGGAGGCGGGCAUGUACGCGCUGCGCGAGCGUCGCGUCCACGUCACCCAGGAGGACUUUGAGAUGGCCGUGGCGAAGGUGAUGCAGAAGGACGCCGAGAAGAACAUGUCCAUUAAGAAGCUGUGGAAGUAG